UACUCAGGGCCAAAGUUCAGCACGCCGUACCCCAUUAAGUUAGCUUUAGUUAAAGUGUGACCGGACACUAGUGUACACUUUACGCUGGCCUCCACUGGUACAAGGUAUUACCGUUUAAAGCAGCAGGAUAUUUACCGGCAGGAGGAACAACCCACCACAACAUAUCAUCUGUCAGCCAUGAGGGUCAUCAACAUCGGUCCAGAUCCGUCCCUGGCAUAUCGGCCGAAUUUGAAGACAAAUGAAACGAAAGAGAAGGAAGGCUACAGAAACUUUGAGAGUGGAGAUUUAAUUGAUCGUGUGUUCAACACAUAUAAGCUGAUGCACACUCAUCAGACGGUGGACUUUGUUAAUCAAAUGAACUCGGUGUGGACGGGUUGCAGCCACACUAAGCUGGGGAUGAAGGACGCCAUCAUGUCUCUUGACCAGCUGGUGGACGAAUCCGAUCCUGAUGUGGAUUUCCCCAACUCCUUCCACGCCUUCCAGACUGCUGAGGGCAUCCGUCAGGCACACCCAGACAAUGACUGGUUCCAGUUGGUGGGUCUGAUCCAUGAUGUUGGGAAGACAAUGGCUCUUUGGGAUGUUCCCCAGUGGGCGGUAGUAGGCGACACCUUCCCAGUUGGCUGCAAGUUUCAAAACUCCAUUGUGUUCAGGGACAAUACCUUCAUGGAUAACCCAGAUGAGAAAAAUCCUCGCUACAAUACUGAGUUCGGGAUCUAUGAACCAAACUGUGGCCUCGACAAAGUGCACAUGUCCUGGGGCCAUGAUGAAUAUCUUUACAGAGUUUUGAAGUUCAAUAACUCCUCCAUCCCAGAGGAGGGGUUGUACAUGAUUCGCUUCCAUUCAUUCUACCCCUGGCACUCCCAAGGAGACUACAUGCAUCUGUGCAACGAGAAAGACCUGUGCAUGCUGCCCUGGGUGCAAGAGUUCAAUCAGUUUGACCUUUACACAAAGACCACGGAGCUGCCCGACGUCGACAAGCUGAAGUUGUACUACCAGUCUCUGAUCGACAAGUACUGCCCUGGAAUACUGAAGUGGUGAAAACACUGAAUUAAACAGCAGCGCUAUAUAGAAACAGAAAGUGAACGCUUGAGAAAUUCAGAAUGAUUUGUCCACUGCUCACUGCUUUUUAACAACACUGAAUCGUAAAUAGACCAUAUAGCGACAAUUCAAGUUUGGAAAUGAUAAGUAUAUUUAUAAAACUGAAGUUUGCAUUUUCAGAUAAACAUGUACAGAACAUCAUUUAUAUUUUAUUCUUUAAUAUGUAAUAGAAAAACAUACAUUUGUGUGGGAUAACAUUUCUUAAAUUGAUAGAAUUGAGGAAUUGAUAUGUCUAGGGAAUACAUUUAAAGUGGAGUGAUUUAGUUUAGUUGAUAGAUCAAAAGAUCAAAGUAACAUUAAAAAGACCUGUAAACACACACUUGUGCAACAACACACACAAAGAGUAACAUCAACCAUUACUCUCUUAACGAGUGAAACAGAUGCCUGCUUAUACUUAAAAUAUUAUAUUUCUCUUUUCUUUCAAAAAUACAAACAUCUAGAUGAUCUGCUGAACAGUGAUUGGUUUAUGAUGUACAGACUGAUAUAAGGAACAUGAACAGCAGUAAGGUGUAGAUGGUAGAUUUGUUCCAUAACUGGCUGAUCAGGAAUUACUAAUAAAACACAUAUACCUUC